CUUCUAGUGACUCCGCCCCUCGCCUUCUUCCUCGCUUUCCUUCUUCCCCGAGAGGAGGCGUGGCUGAGCCUUGCGACUGUACUGGAAGAAGCCGUCCUGGCACUUUACGACAUUAGUUAUUCCAUGCCUGAGAAGGAUGUCCACCAACAGUCUAGACCCGGAGGAAAGAUUUAUGCCUCUGUCCGGGGCUUGGAGCUGGGAACAUGGGGGAGUUCUCUUUGCCUUGGCUGAUCUUCUUUGAGGCCCAGGGCAAGCAGGCGGUACUCCUGCCCUUAUCCUAGAUCUGGGGUUUCUUUUUCUUUAUUUUCUGACUGGUUGGGUGCGGGGCUGCUUUCCGUACCUCCGUCCCAAGUCGCGUGAGUCCCACCCACGCUCUGGCCACAGCCCCACCCUCCUCCCUUCCCCCCCUCCUCCCUUCCCCCACCUCUUCCUCCAGCAUGGAGCUGGAGAGCCCCCGCGGACCCUGCCCUGGGCAGAACUUAUCUGACCUCCUGCAGCAGUUCACUUGCCAGGGCGCACCUGGCCGGUCCGGGGUGGCACAGGACUCAACGGUCCAGGAGUUGGACGCCCUGAUAGGAACAGCGGAUUGGCCCGCGCUGUUGCAGGGGGACCCUGGGAUCCCCCAAGCGCUGGGGCAGGUGGCCCGAACCCUGUGCGGCCAAGCAGCCCCACCCAAAGAGGAGGAUGGCCGCAGCGCCCCUGCCCCCCGCGGGGCAGAGCGAGCGGCCCGAAUCGGGGCUGUGUUUCUCGGGCUGCUAGAGAAAAUGGAGGCAGCCAAAGGCUCGCUGGGUCCGGCGGCGGUGAUGCCCGCGCUGCGCCCCGCCGCCCCGCACAUCUACAUCUUCUCGGUCACGCACAGCCAGGAGCAGCCCUGGACCAGCCCUGCGUCCCAGAAAGCGGCCCAAGAGGUGUUGGCCUUGCUGCUGAGAGUCGCCGACUGUGGGUCGGUGGCAGAAUUCCUCCGAGGAGAAACUGAGGACCAGGCAGGCAGGUUCACAGCAGUGAUGGGUCUUCUCAAACCAGAGCUGAACAAGGAAUCCUGGAAGAACAACCCUGCCACCAAGCAUGCAUUUUCAUGGACUCUGCAUCAGGUCACCAGGCCCUGGCUGAGUCAUCAUCUGGAAAGGAUCCUCCCCCCCUCCCUGCUCAUCUCGGAUGACUACCAGACUGAGAACAAAAUCUUGGGUGUGCACUGCCUCCAUCACAUUGUGCUCAAUGUGCCAGCUGCUGAUCUGCGCCAGUUUAACAGAGCCCAAGUCCUCUACCAUGCCCUGUUCAAUCAUCUGUACACACCAGAACCUGACCUUAUCCAGGCAGUGUUAGAGUGUCUGCUGGACCUGUUUCCUGCCCUCGAGAGGCCGCUACAAUGGAAGGCCCCUGAACCUAGACCCACUGGUCCCUGUGAUGACGUGCUGCAGUUGAUCCUGACCCAUAUGGAACCAGAGUACCGCCUCCUCCUUCGAAGGACCUAUGCCAGGAACCUGCCUGCUUUUGUGGAGAGGCUGGGGAUCCUAACUGUAAGACACUUGAAAAGAUUGGAGCAAGUAAUUGUAGGCUACCUGGAAGUCUAUGAUGGACCUGAGGAGGAGGCCAGGCUAAGGAUCUUGGAAACUCUUAAACUUACCAUCCAGCAUUGUUGGCCAAGGAUACCUUGCAGACUAGAAAUCUUCCUCAAGGCCCUUCUAAAACUGGUAUGUGACAUCGUGAGGGACCAGAGCCUAACACCUGAGCCUGUGAAGGCAGCCCUGCUACAGGGGGCCAUCGAUUGUCUUACUGUCUUGGACCACUGCUCUUCUGGGCAGGUGACGAGUCUGCUGGCCAAACCUCUUCAAAGUUGUAAAGAUGACAAGAUAUUAGAUUGUAUUAGAAAAGUACAGCAGCUUUCAGGAAGAACAACCCACGCUGGAACAUAGAAAGACACACUGCCUUUUAAAA